GCCUUGCAUUUCCGAGAGGUAAAGCCCGAAUUUUGUCGGACUGCCCUCUAUGGAAGGGCAGGAGUAGUAUAAGGAGGGCCUGCCCUCGUGAUUCAGCACCUGAAUUCACAUUCUUUCCAAUUCCCAAGUGUCCAUCCCUAACCAUCCUCGUCCGCCUAUCUCUCCUAUCAGCACAUGUCCCUUCCCAAUGGCCGUGAACAUGAACGUGAACAUGAACAUGCCUCCGUCCGGCAAAGAGUCGUGGCCAACCUCUCCUCCCUACAUCAAAUUCCACGAUCCCUUUUCCGCCGCGUCGCUCGCCUACGCAAGUAAGAACCCCAUCUCCCAUCUCCUCUCCAAAGCCUCGUUCGAAGUGCCAACUCCUCCGCAGAACCUCUUUGUCUGAACAUGGACACUGAAACCAGUCCCGGUAGACCUGAGCGCCCGGCCCUAGCGGUUCCCAUGACACCCUCAUCUCCGGGCUGGCCCAACCACGAACCUUAUCCUUUUCAGGCCCAGGGGCUUCCGCGCACAGGCGCGGAAGAUAUUCCCGAGCCGGCGACCGACUUCUCCCCCGACCUCCUUGAUUCCUGGUACCCGCGGUAUCUGGCCUGCGCGCAGUUCUUUGUCGCGCACGCGCAACACACGCCAGUGGUGCAAUCGCUGGCGGCAUUCCUCAACAUCCGACUUCCAUGCCAACAGGUGGAGUCGACAGCGGCGCAUGUGUCGCUACGUACAUAUAUCCGCCGAUUGGUCGUGACGGGACAUGACAGUCCCAGGGUAUUGGGGGCGUUCUUCGGGGAGGAUUGGGCCGGGGGUGUUGGGAGCAUGGUCAAGCAGGAGCGGGUCAACUAUCUGUUCACGGCGAAGAGCGGCGGCUGGGCGUCGACAAAGGCGGCGUACGACAUUCUGCCGGACCAGCAGACGCCGUUUCUCCGGCCGCUGCGGGCGCCGGCGGAGGAGGAACUUCGCGAGGCGGAAUCCCGCUGGAGUGAAUGGUUGGCCAUGGAGGAUUGGAUGGUUGGGCCUCGGAGUCCGUGGUGAUUGCCUG